AGGCUGAGUGAUCUGCUUGGGAAAUCACUUUCCUUUCACACCCUGCACUGGCUCAGCCAGUCUCUCGCAGACAUGCAGCUGGAGAGGAAGAUGCUGCUCUCCCUGCCCUGCUGCUGAAGAGAGGGGCGAGCUCUUAACCCUACAGGGGGGCUCUUUGGGAGGGGAGGGGGGGUUGCUCUUUUGCGGACAAUCCCACGAUCUCCCCCCUCCCGGUCCUGCCAGCGUCCAUCUGCCCCUCCCUACCACUAACACCCUCCCCCCCAGCGGGCUGGAGGGGCUGAUGCAGCCGAUAAGGGAGAGGAUAGUGGUUAAAGCUCGAGCUGGAUGGAUGGGUAUGGGGAGAGGGGCAGGAUCCACAGCCCUGGGAUUCUUCCAAAUCCUCCCUGUCUUUCUCUGCAUCUUCCCUGCAGCGACCUCUCAGUGCAAGAUCCUGAAGUGUAACUCUGAGUUCUGGGCGGCCACAUCUGGCUCUCACCACCUGGGCACGGAGGAGGCACCGGAGUUCUGCACGGCGCUCCGCACCUACGCCCACUGCACCCGCCGCACGGCUCGCACUUGUAGGGGGGACCUGGCCUACCACUCCGCCGUUCAUGGCAUAGAUGACCUCAUGGUCCAACACAACUGCUCCAAAGAUGGCCCCACCUCGCAGCCUCGCCUCCGAACACUACCCCCCGGGGACAGCCAGGAGCGCUCCGACAGCCCAGAGAUCUGCCACUACGAGAAGAGCUUUCACAAGCACUCAGCCCCCCCAAACUACACCCACUGCGGGCUCUUUGGGGACCCCCACCUCAGGACUUUCACAGACAGCUUCCAGACCUGCAAAGUGCAGGGGGCUUGGCCACUCAUAGACAAUAACUACCUGAAUGUCCAGGUCACCAACACGCCGGUGCUACCCGGGUCCUCAGCGACUGCGACGACCAAGCUCACCAUCAUCUUCAAGAGCUUCCAAGAGUGCGUGGACCAGAAAGUGUACCAGGCGGAGAUGGACGAGCUCCCAGCAGCCUUCGCCGACGGCUCCAAGAACGGCGGCGAUAAGCAUGGCGCCAACAGCUUGAAGAUCACCGAGAAGGUGUCUGGCCAGCACAUUGAGAUCCAAGCCAAGUACAUCGGCACCACCAUUGUGGUGAGGCAGGUGGGCCGUUACCUCACCUUCGCUGUGCGCAUGCCCGAGGAGGUAGUGAACGCCGUGGAGGACAGGGACAACCAAGGCCUUUACCUCUGCCUCCGGGGCUGCCCCCUUAACCAACAGAUUGACUUCCAGACCUUCCGCUCUGCUCAGGGCACGGAAGGCCGGGCUCGCAGGAAAGGGCUCAGCCUCCCCUCCUCCCCCGAGAUCUUCACCUACGAAACGGCCAUGGCCAAGUGCCGGGAGAAGCUCCCCGUGGAGGACCUGUACUUCCAGUCCUGCGUCUUCGACCUUCUGACCACGGGGGACGUCAACUUCACCCUGGCGGCUUAUUAUGCUUUUGAGGACGUGAAGAUGCUUCAUUCCAACAAGGACAAGCUGCACCUCUAUGAAAGGACACGGGAGCUGAGCCCAGGCAACACUGCCCCCCCGGGGCAUCCCCAGGCCCUCCCUGCCCUCUGGGUGGUGCUGGUGUGUCUGAGUCGGUGCUGGUCAGUGUUCCUAUAGAUGUGACCGGGGUGGGAAGUGGGGGAGAGCUCAGCAGGAGGGGACGAUGGUCUGUGCUGGAUGAGGAGAGAUUGAACAGCAGGUCCGGCUGGGAGCUAAAGAAUCAGCCCCUGUCCUCAGAGUUAGACCCCCUGGCAUGUCAUGGGCUUGCCCCAGAGAGCAGCCAGACCUCGUGUAGCCCUUCUCCUCUUCAUGUGGGUGAGGAGGGUGGGAUGCCCCCGCCUCCUCCAAGUGCUCCCUCGUGGUACUGCAAACAGUUGUGGUGGCUGUGAUGUUGGCAUUUGUGAAAGUGACUUCAUGUUAGGAGAGUUGGCGGCUGCUGCUGCCUGAGAGGAAGGGACAGUACCCCCGCUGGUCAGGAUGGCAUGCUGGCGAGAUGGGCCCAUGCCUAGAGACCGUCACGGGACGCAGAGACAGGCUGUUUUCACACCUGCUUUGCUCACCGGCCCCGGCCCCACCAUGUCUGAGUCGGUGCUGGUCAGUGUUCCUAUAGAUGUGACCGGGGUGGGAAGUGGGGGAGAGCUCAGCAGGAGGGGACGAUGUGUGUGUGCAAACAGCUGGUGGUACUCACCUAAGCGGGGCCCGCCCCCUCCUGGGGCUCAGCUGGCUGCCUGUACAAAUGCAGGUGCUAAACACCAGAGGAGCUGCAAUGGUGCCCUCUGGGCGCUGGGCACACGUGGCGAGAGGGUGCAGGGGCAAGCAGUUGGCUGGAAUGGAUUCUAUCGCUCGUUAAAGACCCUGUUCUUCCCAGCACCCGGCUCCCUGCAGAUGUCCGAGGCGCACAGUUCAUCCUUCGCUGAACGGCACCAUUCCUGGGGGAUGGGGAGAGUCAAUCACGGAUUGCUUUUGCUGUGCUACGCAGGGCGUCUGGGAGCUAAUGGGAUCCGGGAAAUCCCAUCCUGGCACAUUAACACUCUGAUUCACUUCAUAGCCACAAGGUUGAAUCCUUUGGGCCCUCCUCGCCUCCGAGAUGCAAACGGAGAAACCUGGCCAGUAUUCAAGUGGUUUCUGACAUUUGCCUUUGGCCUGCCCCCAGCAUUUGAAGUGCUCUUUGUGCCGUGGAAGGCCUUUGAUUCCAUUAACUCCCAGGGCACUCAGGCAAAGCGAGUGGGGAGGUGCCAGUGAUCUCCCAGAUUUGUACUUCAGAACGACUAGUCAGAGCUCCUCAAACCCCUCACUGACAGGCUGGAGUGUCGCCACCUCUAGCCCUGUCCUUCUUCAUCCCACCGGAGAGCAGCUGUGGGGCUGGGGCAGUGCCCAGGGAAUGGGGGGGAAUUUUGCUUGUUUGCUGCUAAGCCCCUGCUCCACUCCUAGUGAUGUCAUUUCAGACCGGUUACACCUUAGUUCUUCCUGGCUUGAUUCUGAGGAGGGCACUGUUUGAAAAUCCAGCCGGGGCAGACCCUGAGGAAUCCCAGCUGUCCAAAGGCUCUGUUCCCUGGCAGUAAGCGAUCAAUAGUCUCCCCUACCAGGGAUGCAGUGCCCCUUCCCCUUCUCCGUGUGCUUCUGGGAUUUGCCUCAUGGUUUGCUCAGCGAAUGACGAGACCAUCUGUUCCUCAGCCUGGAGCUGGGACACCUCUAGGGGAAUGCUCCAUCAUUCCCCCAGCAGGAAUUUCCCAGAGAUCUCCCCAGAAGUGCAGGUAGAUCACUGGGACAGCCAGCAAUCAUGGAUGGUCUCUUGACGGCACCCAGAGAGCCAGUCCAGAGAGGAAUGAGUGUAUGACACACCCUGCAGCACAUAUAAACUAGUGUCACGUGCCUGUCUCCUGUAAAUACUCAAGCAACUAUCCAUUGUGUCCUGCCAGCUCUCGACCUCCAUUUGUAAAGCAGCAGAGAAAUGCAACGUGUGUCAUUGGGUGUAAUAUAUAGUGUCUCUAAUCUGUGGAGUCCUGGCGUGGGUCUCAUGUGACUGUACAGAUGAAGAGAUGUAAUAGGUUUUUAGGUGUUUAACAAAAAACAGAAAAGAAAUAACGAAAAGAUGUGUUUACUACUUCGCUCCUUGCUUUGUCCGCUGGUGGCCCGUGUUUCUGUUUAGGGCGAUUUUAAAAUAGGGAUCUCACAAUGUAGGGAGCUGGGGAGACCAACCACUGGAGGGUAAAUCUACCAACUUGCUGGCCACAGAGCUCUUAGGGGGGCAGCUUGAAAAAGAAAUAAUUGAGACAUUCUAAAUUAUCUGUAUUUAUAGUAGAGUAGCCUAGGUGCCCCAGCUAAGAUCAGGACCCCAUUCUGCUAGGUGCCAUAUAGGCACCUAGUAAGGGACAGUUGCUGCCUCAACUCAGAUAAGGAAGGGAGGGGAAACUGAGGCACAGUUGAUUAAAUUACUUGCCCAGGGUAACGCAGCUGGGCAGUGUGAGAGCUAGGAACAAACCCAGGUCUCCUUUGUCCCAGUCCAGUCCACUAGACCAUAUUCCUCCUUAAGGCUCCGAUAGUGGCUAUGAACUGCUUGUUUCCAAGUUGGGUUUGAUCCUGGCCAUAUGGUAUGACCAAUGGUCUAUUUCUGCCAAGUUUAACAGCUUCCAACCUUGUUGGGUGAGCACAAGUCCUAGAAACUUUCCAUUGCUGACAAUGUGCAUAUGUGUCAGUGAGGGAACAACACUCUCCUAGUGUGUUUGGUAGCUAGCAGCAGGCAGGUCCUCUGGCUUCAGUGUGACUAGUUCCUUCACUACAUAAAAAUCAAAUCUUUAUUUCUCUUAGAAAUUGGAGAGGUCAAUAUUUAAAGUCACAUUAUCUGCUUUAUGGUGAGGCAGUGACACACCUGCUCCACACCUGGGUACCCCACAAAUAAUCCCAACUAUAUGGAGGGGUGGGACAUGGAGCUGUCAGCACUACAGGAUGAGUACUGCCCUGGGUAGGCAGCACCUCUGAGAGUGACAUAGCUGUUAGUCAAUCUGCUGUCAACGGUGCCACUUCCCAACAUGGCAGCAUAAGAGAGCGAGCUAUGCCAUGGUCAGAGCUACCCUCUGGAGGAGGAAAGUCCUCCAUGAUCUUGAUUGUCUCUCCAUAGCCCAGGCCCUCCCUAGUAGGUCAGUGCCCCAGUGGUGGUGGAAUAUAUUACGGUGGUUGGGCUAUCCCUCUUUUAGAAGCAAACAGUUAAGCACUUUAUUUUGGUUGUGUUUGACCCAGUGUGGCCAAGGAAGACCUGAUGUGGUUGGAAUAAAAGCAAAAGAUUUUGGUUUUGGGUGGGGUGGGGUGGGGGAAGAAUCUCCUAACUGCUCCUUGUGUUUUUUGGACCCAUGUGGGGUGUCACUGCAUGUACAUACUGUAAAUUAUUUAUUGAUGAAAAUGCAAGUAA